GAUUCCUCUCCAAACAGGCCCUAUGCUUUUUCUUCUUCUCUCCCCACCUCUCUCUCUCUUCUCAUCUCCUCCUGCUGUUGUUCUCUUCUCUGCAAAGAACAUCAUAUACCCCAUCCCUCAGAAAAUUAAGCCACUGGCCCCUUAAAGAUUGAGCUGAGAUUUCCACACAUAGGGUGCAAGGAGGGAGAAGCAAGAGCAUUCCUUGCAGCAGGGAAGCCAGGAGCGCAUCCCCCUCUACCCUCUUUCUCCAGAAGCGAGUGAUAUGAAUCGAGGAGAAUUCCAGAGCUCCCUGGUGCAACAGAUGAUCAUGAGUAGCUUGAAGCCGUGCCAUGAGGAGCAAGAAGCGUCUCCUAACAUGCCCUCCCUGUCAUCUCCAUCCAUGCUCUUCUCCCAGCAGUUUCCACAUAGCUCAUCAGGCAUGCUUCUUAUGAACGGCACCGCCUCUAUUCCAAGCUUGCAUGAUGGUAACGCCGGAAGCCAGGAGAGCCACAUGCCAGAGUCUUGGAGCCAGCUGAUUCUUGGGGGAUUAGUUGGAGAUCAAGAGAGAUACAGCACCACCACGGCUCUCCUGUCAAAGGGACUAGAGAACUGGGGGGAUCAUCAGGCUGCCGCUGCUGCAAGUGCAUGCAUGGUUGGUAUGAAGGAGGAGGGCUCCAUGCCUAAUUCCGGCACCAGCGGCGCCCCUGCUCCUUACAAUUUCUAUGGGAGCCAUCUUGUCGCCGGCGAUGGCCACGAGAUCCAGGCCAAGUCCCAGCUGAGCCAGAUGCUCCUGGCCUCCUCUCCUAGGUCAUGCGUCACCACCAGCCUCGGCAGCAACAUGCUUGACUUCUCGAAUAGCGUGGCGCCGCCGCCGCCGGAGCUCCGGAGCCACCACCAAUCCGACAACUCAUCCGAGUGCAACAGCACCGCGACAGGCUCAGCUCUCAAGAAGGCUAGGGUUCAGGCCUCCUCCUCAGCACAAUCUACUCUAAAGGUGAGGAAGGAGAGGCUAGGGGAUAGAAUAACUGCCCUUCACCAGAUAGUUUCACCAUUUGGCAAGACUGACACUGCGUCUGUACUGCAAGAGACCAUUGGCUAUGUCAGAUUCCUCCUGGGUCAAAUUGAGGCUCUUAGCUACCCAUACAUGGGCCAGGGAGGCAACGGGACAUCCAUGCAAAAUGGACCAACCGGAGAAAGGAACCCUGGACUCUUCCCAGAAUACCCCGGCCAGUUGCUAAACCAUAAUAACAAUACUGGAGCAGUACAGCAGCAGGCUGCAGGCCAACCUGAGCAGCAGGGUGCUAAGAAUGAAGAGGAGACGAGCAAGAAGGACCUGAGGAGCCGGGGCCUGUGCCUCGUCCCGGUGUCGUGCACGUCGCACUUCGGCGGGGACAACGCAGCUGACUACUGGGCCCCUGCGCCGCUCGGCGGGAUCCUCCGGUAGAAGAGAGAUCCAUGGCUGUUUCUUGCAGCAAGUAUAUGUGUUUGUGCAUGGUGGGGUGCAGGGGCGAGUACGUAACAUUAAUGUACGUACCUACAUACCAUCAUGAGCAGUCAUUCUGUUAAGGAUGAUUGCUCUUGAUGCUAUGCUAUGCGAGUAGUAGUGUAAUCAUAUCGUUAUGGGGGUGAAAGCGAUUAAGCCUUCUGUAUCUGCAUUAUUUUCUGCAAAGAGGCUUUCCAUGAAAGGAGAUCGAUGCAUGCAUGGUCAGCCUAGUACUUCUUCUCUAGCUGGUCGUCCUCCUUCAGUCCUUGCAAAAUUUAUGGCUUUGCUGUAUAUGUAAAUCUAGCAAGCUAUAUAGUGAACUUUAAUUUGUUCA